UUCAUCAUAUGUAUUCAUUCCUUUAUUUUAUUAUUCACUUCUAUUCAUAUCAUGUGCUCUUUAUUUUCCUGUUGUUUAACCUGGGAGUUGUAUUGUGUCUUAUGCUGAUAUGAGUAUCCGUUGGUCUCCAUCUCAAGGUUCAUAAUAAUGUCAUGAGACAAUGUUUUGAUACUGUAAUCUUGAAUGUUAAAAACACAUAUUGAAUCUGUUUCUAGUCAGACGAAGUUUGGCAGAGCUUGACUGAGCAUCAACGCACAACUGAGAUUAUUCAAUAAAUCAUUUGUCUGUCUAUUUAACAUCACUUCGUCUCCUGCCUGCUGUUCUUCCCUUCAGCUCUAUAUCUCCCUGUUGUUUGGGUUAAAGGAUUGACUCACAACGGAGUUGAUAUCUCCAGGUGUAAUUUGUUCCUGACGGAGAGAGAUCUAGUGAACCUGGACUCAAAGUUUAGAUCUAUAAGAUCUACAAGCCAUAUCUCAUAGUUGGAUCUAACAAUACAAUACAAUACAAGUGGUGUGGCAGCGCUGGGUCACAUGAACAGGAAGUUAAAAAGAUAUCAAAAUAUUCAAAAUCACAAAAUAAUCUUUGUUUCCUUUGUGAAAAAUGUUUGUGAACAUAUUCCAGUGGGUGUGGCAACACUUGAUCACAUGACCAGUAAAUUAGAUAUAAUUUUAUUAUUUCAAAUUUUUUAAUACAAUCAACAAACACUGAUUUUCGUAUUCACGUUUUCAUCUGUCGUUUGUGAGUCGUCUGUUGACAAGGACAGUCUUAAGAAGAUUACUGCUGAUUCCCUGUGUGACACUGUCUAUUAUACCCAUGCCACCCAUAAAAUACAUUAUAUGACAUGUUGUGUUGCAAUUUUUGGUGAAAUCAAUCAAAUUUCAUGGAGUUGGUCAGCUUUGUGUCAGUCAGUGUCCGUUACAGCUCUUGGCUUUUUGUGUACAAUGUAUUUGAAUCUACCUCACUUCCUGUCCAGAUGGCACACGUUUCCUUGGGAUGAGAUUCACCAGCUAGGGAAUCACCUGGAGCUCAAGGAGAAGGAAAUGGGCAAGGGGAGGAAAGCCAACGAGGAGCUAUGAUGCACUUUCAACCUCUUACCUCUUUUUGGGGGUUCUGCAAAUGCUGGCUCUCCGUGCUGAAGAGGAAGAGGAGAAGAACAGAAGACUCAAAAGAGAAGUGACAUCACUUCCUGUUUACAUUUAAAUGAACCUUAAGGUUAUUUAAUAACUUUGUUUAUAUUUGAGAAUUCUAAGCACCCACAUGAUUGGCUGAACAGUGUUGUUUAUUUCGCUUUCAGGUGACAUCACUUCCUGUUUACAUUUAAAUGAACCUUAAGGUUAUUUAAUAACUUUGUUUAUAUUUGAGAAUUCUAAGCACCCACGUGAUUGGCUGAACAGUGUUCUAAAAUACUGUGUCGUUUUGCUGGAAGCCACCACACUCAAAACCUAAAAGCACACUGAAGAAAGAGCAUACAGCAUCUUCUCUGAGAUAUCCCUUGAGAUUUUACAAACAAUCACUACUUUUCUCUGAGCAGUUUACUUUCGACACCAUGAAGCGAAGUGCAGAUGGUACCUUCUCUGGUCCAGGCUAUAACCUGAGAAAGAGCAGAAAACCUUCGAGCCCUCUGAAGGAUCCCAACCUGUCUGACAACCUUGCAGUGAUAGCACAUGUAGUCAGCUUGGACCACAACUACAUCUCUAAGUCUGGCAGCUCUCACUCGAAACAACUAAAGGGCAUGAAGCUAGAGAACCACUUCUUUAAUAACGCAGCUGUAAUUCCUGAGUUUUGCCCAGAAUUUACAAAGACUCACACCGUAGCCCAUCUGGUGCAGACCAGCCCAGAGGAACCUCUUUUAAUCCAUGGGAACAGCACAGAAGACCAUCAAAGAAUGUCUCGUGCUGUGGUGGAUUCUAUGUUAAAGAAAUCCUCUGGCAAGCCUCUUAACUACAGCCUACAGUUAGGGCUUCGUGUGAAGCAACGCCUCUGGAAAACUCUAAACUGCCCCACCAUGCUUGAAGAAGAGCAGCCUGAUGGACUCAUCCAAGUUAAAGAGAUGUUCUCCAGACCAAGCCUAAAGAGAUCUGCCCCUCGUAUAAAUGUGGACAUUAGUGGUGAACCCCUGCCAUACGCACCACAGAGGAAGAGACCCUGCCUGUGACAUCCAUGCAGAUCCUAGAUUAUAUUUAGUGUCUAUAAUGUACAUAGUUCUUGAAUAAAUGUUUGUUCCUUAUAA